AUGCGGAGUCGAUCUCGAACGAGAAAAGAAACCAUUACAACGGACGACAUUCUUCGUGCUGUAGAUAAACUGAAAGUAUUAGGUGGCGGUUUUGAGCUAGUACCACUAGGUGGUGGACGCUUUCUUGUACAGUCAGUUCCUGGUGAACUGAGUAUGGACCACUCACGAGUGCUCCAGUUGGCUGAAGACGCAGCCUACGUUACAAAAGAGCUUAUUAUUGACAGAUUGCGAUGGGAUGAACCAAGAGCUCAAGCUGUGUUGGACCAUUUGGUGAAGGAAGGACUGGCAUGGGUAGAUGAACAAGCAGCGGAUACCAUUCAGUACUGGGUACCUUCGCUGUUUCUUCAGCAGCAUUGCCAUUCUUCUAGCAGCACAAGUGUUUCGGAAAGCAUUCAAAGCAUGAGUGUAUACUAG